CAGACAAUUUUAUCAAAGAAGCUCGUAAACUAAUCAAUAAAAUGUAACUAAUUGAACUUUCGUCCCCAUUCUCUUUCACUACUCUGUCUCUAGGGUUUCUCAAAUUCAUUCACACACAUUCUCUCUCCCUCCAAUUGUAAUAAUACCUCGUCGCCGGAAACGGAGCGACGUUACCGGAAGUAAAUAAUACAGAAGAGAAAAAAAAAUGUCAGCCAAGAAGAAACACAAACGCAAAAACAACGAUAGCGAUGAAGACGACGACGUUUUCUACUACCGCUACCCCACCGCCACCGCCACCGCCACCGCCACAUCCAAUAACCAAAUCCAAUCAAAAUCAAACAACAAAGCAUCGUCAAUUAUAUCAACAACAGGUGAAUCCUUAGCACCAUCAAAAUCAACACUAUACGUUUCAAAUCUAGAUUACUCCUUAACAAACUCCGAUCUCCACACUCUCUUUUUGACUUUCGGUCGAAUAGCGCGUGUAACGGUUCUUAAAGACCGUCACACGCGCCUUAGCCGCGGUGUUGCGUUUAUUCAAUUUGUUUUGCGUCAGGAUGCGCAACGCGCUGUGACGGAAAUGAAUAAGAAGAUUUUGAAUGGACGGACUUUGACGGCGUCGAUUGCGGCUGAUAAUGGACGCGCGCCGGAGUUUAUUAAGAAGCGCGUGUAUAAUUCGGAGACUGGUCUGUGUUUUGAGUGUGGGGAACAUGGUCAUUUGUCUUAUGAGUGUCCUAAGAAUCAGUUGGGGCCGAGGGAGCGGCCGCAGCCUAAGAAGCCGAGGCGUGGGCUUGGUGGGUUUAGGGAUAGACAGGAGGGUAAUGAUGAUGAUGAGGAGGAGGAGGAAGAGGAUGGGCGGUUUGAGCAAGAUAAUUGGGCUUCCGUUGUGGAUGGUGGAGCUGGUGGAGCAGGUGAGAGGUUGUUGGAGAGGUAUGGAAAUGAUGAUGAGGCUUUGGUUGACAAGAAUAGGAAGAAGAAGAAGAAGAAGAAAGGGAAGAUAGGUGGGUAUUUUAGUGAUGAGAGCGAUCAUGAUGACGAUGAUUGAUCACGAGUUAUGUAGAAUUGACACUUCAUGUUGAAGGUCUUAGAUGUUGCCGUUUCUCUCGCAAAAGUAGCUGAUGUAGACAAAAGUCUAGGGGAUGAAAAGUCAGCUAGUGAUGGAUUUCAAGAAGCCAUAGACUUACUGGAAUCACUUACAUUGAAAUCUGAAGCAAGUGGACUUGAGCAACGGCGGCUAUCGGUUCUAGAAUUCCUUAGAAGCCAACAAGCCGAUAAACAAGAACAAGUUGAACAAACAAUAUGAGGCCAGGUAGAUGCCUUGCGCAAAAAGGAAGCAUCAAUUCAUAUGCAAUAAAUGUUUCUGUAUGUGUUUGGAUACAUGUGUAAAAUAAGCUCAGGUCAACGGAGACAUUAUAAUAGAGGAAGAAGAGACUUUUUCAUUCCGAGUGAUGAAUAUCUCAGUCAUUUUUGGCACCGCCUUUGUCUGAGAUUCUACAACAAAUCUCUCUUUGUAUUUCUUCUACUGUUACUACUAUGCCGAUGUAGUUUUUGUAUCCACCUCUCUAGUUUUGGUGUGGAUCCUCUCCGGUCACUGAAAAGCUCUACUAGGAGAGAGUUUGACAUUGCGAAUAAAAUACUAUUAUUUUAUUCAUAGUGUCUUUCUCUCUCCUUUUGAAACUUUCAUAGUGAUUGUAGAGGAUCACAACUCCUUUAGUACCUUAUUGUACUGGUGCAUAAGGACAAUAGUGAUGGGAUUUUCUUACAUUAAUGUAACUAAUAUACUUAUAUCUAAUAAACAAGAAAUGAAACAACAUGGAGGAUAUGUAAGAUUGUAGGUUGUGUUUCCAACUUGAACUCAUUCUAUAUUAGUGCA